AUGACUUCGCUGGUCGGAGACGAACAAAGCUCAUCGACAAAAUCUCUUUCCAAAGGGUACACUGAAUCAUUAAUGUCUAUUGAAGGUUCCAAAAAUGCACCUGUGUUGAAGCAGGUCAAAGAUUUGUUGACAAUGAAAAAGUUGUUUGAAAAAAGCGAAGACCGUCCAACUCCUGCUGCUGUCUACAAUUUGAGAAUAUACGGAACCGCUUUGAUAGCGUCAGCCGCCGCCAUCAUCAUUGGAUACGACGGGGGUUUCAUUGGUGGUACUGUGGCAUUACCUUCGUUCAAGCUGGAGUUUGGACUCGACAAGAUGGAUGUGAGCCACGCAAAUAGCAUAAUUUCCAACGUGAUCUCUGUUUUUCACGCUGGAUGCUUCUUUGGUGCUCUCUUUUCGUAUCCAUUUUCUUACUAUUUGGGUAGAAGAGUGUCUCUUAUUAUAGCAGCCAGUCUCAUUACGGUUGGCUCGGCCAUAAUGUUGGCAGCAUCCUCCAAAAAUGGACUUGGUCCCAUCUACGCUGGCAGAGUGUUGGCUGGUAUAGCCGUGGGAUUCUCUACGAAUUUGACGCCGGUCUAUUUGAGUGAGAUAUCACCCCCAGCAAUCAGAGGACGUAUAAUUGCUCUCUACGAAAUUGGCUGGCGUGUUGGUGACUUGGUGGGAUUCUGGAUUAAUUAUGGAAUUGAUUCUCAUAUCGGCCCUUCCAAAAAGCAAUGGCUCAUUCCAUUUGCAGUGCAAAUGAUCCCCUCGGGAAUGUUCCUUCUCGGAAGUGUGGUCAUGAGAGAAUCUCCACGUUGGUUAAUCAGUGUGGGAAAGUACGACAAGGCAAUCGAGAAUUUAACUUGGUUCAGAAAUUUGCCAGAAGAUGACGAAUAUGUCGUUUACGAAGUUAAUCAGGUUAAAGAGUCGCUUGAUUACCAACGAGCACAUGUCGGACUUGGCAUAUGGGAUCCUUUCAGACAAGUGUUCUUCAAAGACCGCAAGAUUCUCUUCCGUUUGUGCAUCACAUGUUCCCUUUUCUUGUUCCAAAAUUUCUUGGGUAUCCAAUCCAUCAACUACUACUCGCCUAUUAUUUUUCAGAAUUUAGGAGUCAAGGGCACGAACGCUAGUUUGUUUUCGACUGGUAUGUUUGGAGUGGUUAAGUUCAUUUGUACAUUCAUCUACAUUUUGUUCAUCGUUGAUACCUUUGGAAGAAGAAAAGCAUUCAUGUGUUCAUCUACCGUUUGCUCCAUUUGUUUCUGGUACAUUGGUUCAUAUUUGAAGGUCAAUGAUCCAACAAAACCAGGCGUGGAUGCUGGGCCAGGUGGUACCGCAGCCAUUGUCAUGAUGUAUAUCUGGAUUGCGUCGUUCAUUCUAGCAUGGUCUGGAGGACCUUUUGUCGUGGGUAGCGAGGUAUUUGAUCAAAACAUUCGUUCAUUUGUCCAAGCAAUCAACGCUGCCAUUUCGUGGGUUCCAAUCUUCAUCAUGUCUCGGUUCACCACGAAAAUGAUCGAGAAAAUGCAUUACGGAAUAUACUUUUUCUUUGCCAGCUUGGCCAUAUUGUCAGUGCCAUUCGUGUUCUUUUUUGUUCCUGAAACAAAAGGAAUUGCUUUGGAGGAUAUGGACAAGUUAUUUGAUAGAAGACUUCCUGCUCACAGAGCUCACAAGAUUGUUCUUGGAAGAAUUCGGGCAGAGGCAGAAAAUCAACGUCGUGAGCACAAGGGCCUUUACAAGUUGGACACGAAUAAAAGCAAUCAAGUGGAGAACAUCGAAGAUGCAAACGAUCUAUUUGUUAAGGAUGCAUAG